CAUAGUUGAAUCAGACGUAUUGUUGUAAAGGCAAGUUUUCUUUCUUCCUUUUGCUUAUUGUGAGAAACGCUAUGUGUUUUGUGUUACUAAAUGAGUUUCUGAUAAUCUUUUAUAAACCGAUUCCGCUAUAUUCACAAAAAGAAGACUAAAAAAGCUAACCAAGCUACUUAUUGUGAAGAUAUUGCGAGUGCAUAAACAGAAUGAUGGUACGUAUGUUAAUUUUGUAUUCGGUGUUAACCUACUGAGUUAUAACUGAGUAGUGUGCACUUUGUGAUGUGCUGCGCAAGAGACCAAUGAGCUAAAUCAAGUUUCAUAAACUUUCAAAAUCAGAGUCAUUCAAUACAUAAUUUAACCCAUCGUAAAUAUUUGUUGGUUAUUAUCAGCGAUAUUAUAUUUUCAACGUUUAAACAUAGGCUAAUUCAGUCAAGGAAAACGUUGCGCCUGUUAAAGAACAGCAAAAUAAUGGGUGGGAAGAUAGCCAAACCCAAAGAGGAGUUCGAAUCAGUCGAAUGAAUAUCCUAGUUGUUAGUCAUCAAGGCGAAAAUGACAAAAGUUGCGUUACUUACGGUUACUACGUCUCAACUAUUGUUUAAAAUAUUCAACAUUGUGAGCAUGAAAAUGAAAGUAAUUGUUUUUUACGUAUGAUUAAUGAUUAAGUAGUGUAAGUAUGGAGUUAUGAAGUUUUUCCAAUUACCAUUGAGCUCAUUGGGCAUUGUAGUACAAGUUACACUGGCACUAUCAAAGUUACAGUUAUCAGUACACUGUUUAAGUUAUUAUUAUUAAUUAUAGUUAUUAUAAUAUAUAAUUAUAAUAUAAUACUACAAACUAUAAUUAUAAUACUACUACAACUAUGAUAGACCUUUUCAUUUGAAUGGUGACUUUGAAUUUUUUUUACCUUCUUACAAGUACUUAGGUGUCACCAUUAAUAAUAAGCUAACAUGGCAUGAGCAUGGCCAAAUCCUGUAUAAGAAAUUCAACCAAAGACUGUUCUACCUAAAAAAAACUGUACAAUUUCGGUGGCGUAAUCAAGCAAGUCGUUAACUUAUUCUACAGUGCAACUAUUGGAAGCCUGCUUAAUUUCAGUAUUACCUGCUUGUGUGGGAAUUCAGUGUCUGAUAUUAAACACCGCAUAAACCGACUAAUCAAGAAAGCUAGAAACAUAAAACAAACUAAACAUCCUUCACUUGAAGAACUAUUUGAAGAAAGAUGUUUUUGCAAAACUAAACACAUUUUGGAUGAUACAUUCCACCCUCUUCAUCCUAGAUACUUAAGAUCGGGCUGUUCGAGACGAAUUCUUUCCAUCAGGGCGAGGACUGACCAAUAUAAAAAUUCUAUUGAUCCCCAAUCUGUACGAAUUUACCGGCGUGCUUCCUCUGAAGUCACACAUCUGAAUGAGAACUAAAAAGUCCCUGAUUUUGCUAAGAGAACUCACUGAAUGGCUGUUUGAAAUAAUUUAUUAUAAAUGUCUUGUGUUCAAAUUUUUUUUAUUUUUGUGCUGAAAAUGUAUAAUGCAAUCAAAAAACAUUUCCAUUUAUUUGGAUCAAUAAAAGAAUCUUAUCUUAGUUAGAUGUUUAAUAUAAAUAAUAAAGGACUGCAUUCAAGCCUAGUAAAUGAAUGAAAUAGCAAAACGAGGUUUUUUACUGUGCUCUGUUCUUUGUUAUAUUUUCAUUUCUACUGUUAGCUGAAGAAGGCCUAUAUGCCGAAACGUCCUUAUUUUUUGUCCUGUUCUCUGUCUAAUUAAUUCAAGCUUCCACAUACCUUGUUUUGCUAUUUCAUUCAUUUAGAUGUUUAAUAAUGUUAUGUUAGUGUUAGUGGGUACUUAUCUUGACAUGACACACCAGGAGCUCCAAAAUUGAAAAUUGUAAAAUACUAUUUUUCAUGGGCAUGGGCCUAUUUAAUAGUAUUUCAUUAAAAAUAAUAGAAUUUAUCAGCAAGGCUUAGGCUGACUACAUUUCUAACACACAACAUGACAUGGUCUAAACAAGAAUAUCAAGAUACUUUGCUGCCCACUUAGGCCACUUGUAACAUGAACUCAAAUUUCUUAACUGAACUGAAUAACUCCAAAUAGAUGUGUCCUCUAAAUACAAAAGUUGUAACUUGUACCUCAAAUUUCUAUAGUCUAUAAUUCAUUUUGUUUUAUGAUAGUAUUUCAUGCUACUAUUUCAAAGUAAAUAAUAGCUAAUACAUAACCUAGACCUAGGACUUAUUACUAUUAAAUGACUCAAUUAAUAAUCAAGCAUUACUUUGAAUUUGAAAUAUUUUUUUUACAAUUUUUAGUCUUAUUAGGUUGUUACUGACUAAUAACAAUUAAUAUGUAUUAAUAAUUUUAUUCAAAAGACAAAAGAUUUAUCAUAAUCCACCUUUCUACAAAACUAUAGUUAUGUGUAAAUUGUUUGUUUUAAUUUUCAGCUUAAACCCAAGAUGAGGCCACUGAAGGUCACAGUAGGAAUUUUGCAGUUUUGCUCUUAUAACUGCUUGGACCCUUUGAAUGCUACAGUGGGCCUAUGUUGUCAAUGCAUUUGGAAAAGGCAAUGUUUAUGGUUAUAAAAAUGUGCAGUGCUGGAUCAAUGGUUAGCAACUGACUUUAUCAAAUUAUUAUACAACUCAGCAUCAGUUGAAUUUCUGAAACAAAAAGGUGUUUGAAGUACAUUCAAGCUUAUGUGUUUGGUCCGGUUUUAUACUGCUGGUACCGCUUGCAUCCUAACACAAAAAGGAAGUCGUUUGAAGUCAUUCUCGACGAUGGAACAAGGGAUACAAGAGCAAAGUAUUAUUAACCAAGCUCGCAGGCUGUACAUCAAACUACACACACAUCAAGCUUCACUGACUGAUGUGGACAAAGAGCAGCUCAAUGGUAGCAUAAAUACUUUUAUCAACAUUGCAGUCAAAGAGGUAUUAGAUUCACCUUUAUUUUCUGUGAAUAACAUUUUAUGAGUGGAUGAUCCAUCUUUAUUUGAUGUGAAUCCUUAAAUAAAGUCAAACUGUAAUAGAUCCAUCCUUUAUUCUAUUUUAUAAGGAUUAUUUUGUAAGAAAUCCGAUUGACCCAUAUUUAUUUAUUAUAUUUAUCUUUAUAUAAUUGUAAUAAAAUCCCAUUUACACAGUUUUGAUAUCUAUAAUAUUCCGUAAUGUCCUCAUUUAUUUUUCAGACUCCUGCAAAAAAUCUUGUUACUAAUCCAUUCCUGCUGAGUAUUUUAAAGACAUCAAUAAAGUUGCUCUCUCUUGAAAGUGAUGAUGUCAUGCCUAUUGCCAGGGCUUUUGCUAGUUUGGAGAGAUAUUUUCUCCUCCUUGUGGAGCAGCCAUGGAAACCAGAGUUUAGAAAAAUAAAGGUAUACCAUUAAGACUGUCUCAAAACUCAAAUCGCUCAAGGGGUGCUCAUAUGUAAAAUUAAUGGCCAAAAAACCUGUCAUUAUUAAUCAAUUUUUCUUAUUUAAAUAUGUAACAUAAAUCAUUUGCUAGUGGGCUGGGAUUCUGAGACUCGUAGUCUAUUUGAUGUUUGUUUAUAUUUUUAAAAAAAAUUUUAUAUCUAUUAUCUACUUACAUAGCAACUUUUUCAGGUUAGCUGUGGGUAAAUACCAUUUAUUUCUCAUGAAAUCAUUACAGCAGCUGUUCCCAAACUUAACGUUUGGUCCACUGGUGUUUGAUCCACUGGUGGACAAGUUUUCAAAUAGUUCCACGGACCGCUGAUUUAUUAAUUAUAAUUUUUUUUUAUUAGAAUAUAAAUGUUCAUGUUGCGCGGACCGGCUACAUAAAGCCUGCGGACUGCUGUCCACCAUUUUUGGAAAAACAGCUUCACAGCACUAUUCAAAUAAGUUUAUUAAAAAAUUUAUAUAAAAGCUACGCAUUCUGUUUUUUAAUUCAAAAAAUUAUUUAUUGGUGUCAAAGUUGUUUGCACCCUCAGCCUUAACCCUAUAACUGUCAUAAUAGCCAUUAGACCCCUUUCUGUGGUGUCACGGCUGAUAUGAAUAAUAAAAGUACGAAUGGUGUAAUGCAUAUUGGUUAAGGGGAAAUCACUCUAUAUAUAUGUAUGAGUGUGCUUCCUGUUUACGUUCCUGCCUGUGUUAACAUGCUUUUAUCAGGGCUCUUUUAUUGGUGGGAUUAAUUGGCUGGGAUAUUGUUUUUACCGCCAUAUUGUCUGAUGCUGGAGAGGACCCCGCCCCCCCACCUCUAGAUGACAAAUUCAGCUCGCACUGUCUUGAUUGGAAUUAUUUCAAACGGAUUCAAAUGAAAGCAAUGAUUUCAGAGAUGUUCCACGUGCCGGCAUAGACAAUAUUAGCUGUAGCAGUGAUGGCGGUCAGAUGUUGAUUAUUUUAGCCCUGCACUUAGUCAACAUGGUUGCAGACAAAUUCUUUGGGAAAGGGUGGCGUUGAACAGAAAGGACAAAGAUUGGAUCCAAAAGACCUACCCUAAAGAGAUUCAAAGACAUUUAUCUUUGUGCAUUUUCUGGACUAUCAAUUAAUAAAAAAAUGGAUUUAUUGGAUUUUUAUUUGCAAAUGAAUUUAUGAACUAAUUUUGUGGCUUCUCCCUUGAAUUUUUUUUUAACGACAGAAAUACCUAAUAUAAAAACAUAUUCUUUUCAUACAGUAAGAUACCUUGUCCUAUGUACCUUCAGAAAAUGUAUACUUGCAGGGUCUCGAAUUCAUUUAAAUUUGUCAUUUUGUCAUUUUUGACAAGAUGAAAAUGCUAAAAAUUGCUUGACUCUACAGAAAAAUGCACUUGACAGUUCUAAGGUUAAUCAUACUGCUACAUACUUAUCUAAUAUCUAAGGUUAAUCAUACUGCUACAUACUUAUCUAAUAUCUAAGGUUAAUCAUACUGCUACAUACUUAUCUAAUAUCUAAGGUUCAUCAUACUGCUACAUACUUAUCUAAUAUCUAAGGUUCAUCAUACUGCUACAUACUUAUCUAAUAUCUAAGGUUCAUCAUACUGCUACAUACUUAUCUAAUAUCUAAGGUUCAUCAUACUGCUACAUACUUAUCUAAUAUCUAAGGUUCAUCAUACUGCUACAUACUUAUCUAAUAUCUAAGGUUCAUCAUACUGCUACAUACUUAUCUAAUAUUUGAUUUUAAAAAAAGAUUUGAUGAUAAAGAAAGACAAUGAAUGACUAAUUAGUUCUGUCCCCUAUUUUUUUCAGAUGUACGGUGGAUUUUAUAGAACACGGAUUAAGUCGGUGGUACAUGACUGUGAGCAGAUCUUCCAUAGAGCGGGUUAUGCCAUGAGCAUGGACAACACUGUGAUGACCUAUCAAGGUAAAAUGGACAACAAACUUCCUCUUCUGCUUCUGGCUUUUGAUUGCAAAAUAGGUUUCGUACAAUGCCAGAUUAUUGGAGAGUAUUACAGCAAAGUCAAGGGCAUCAACAUGAGCCUGAUGGAUGCUAUGUACAACAUCCUGCGUGAUGAAUCUCACGCCAUGCCCAAUAUGUCACGCGGUGAAUGGACUAGACCCUAUGGUUCUAGCUCCCCUCUGAAUUUUGUCAAUGGCAACCUUACGGGUGUCACAGCAGGUUUUAAAAAUUUAGAAAUGGGACCUCCUGCCAUACCCAAAAGAGAACCCAUCUCAAACGGUUCCAGCACAUUGCCCCCUAGGAUUAAAUAUGAAGCUGAAAUGUUGCUCGAUGAAGAUGCAAUUUUUGCACCUCCAAUGGAUAGACUAGGAUUACAAGGAGUGCAGAAAUUGCCAAACAAGUCUAGUGGUGUACAGGGUAAGUUGCCGCUUGUGUCUGGAGUGGUGAUUGAUGAAAACUUCGUUGAAAUCAUUCCUGAACUCCCCCAAGGCACAUCUGAUCAACACAUAAUGGAAAGUUUGAGAGUCCUUGAACAGCGGAAAACCCAUCAACCAAAUAUUUCAGCAUUAAUUGGUCAGAAUACUUUUUCUAGCCAGCCAAAGGUCGAGCAAUGGUUGGGGCAUGAAGGGAAAUAUGUCCAGGGACCUGUCGGUCACCUGGCUAAAUUCCCUAACACGGUUACAUCAGUGCCUAAUUACCAAGGUCAUCAACGUUCUAGGCUGGGAUCCACAUCUCAGAGUGAGUCAUAUGACGACGAGGGAAUCGACAUCUCAUCCUUCUCUAGGCUUUAUCAAACAAAUCCUGCCAGUGCCAGGUACCCUUCAAUGAAUCAAGCCGCUGGCAUAACCAACAGAUCUGGUGCUAAUUACAACCCUUCGUUGAUAGACCAAGGCUACAAAACCGGUCCAUCCUCAGACCCAAUGUUUCACUAUCCACCUAACUCCGCUCCGACCCCACAGACUGUAAUAUACCAUGCUCCAAGCAUUGGCCAGGACAAUGGAACUGGAGUGGGCUACAUGAUGAACACAAACAUGAGGCAGGCCACCGGGCCCCCCAAUCCCGGGCCUCCUCCUCCUGUGCCAUCCAGGGCCCUCAAGCCGAAUCUUUCAUUUAGAGCACCGCAAAAAGAUUCUGACUUCCAUGAUGCCAUCACAUCCUCAUCACUGGCCAAAUCACAGAGUGGGAUCAUCAUAGGCCGAUCGUUAAAUGGUUCAGGAGGACUCGGUGUUCAGUCUCCUACCACAGAACCCAUUCUACGCCGUGAUAAGCUUGGAGUCAGCAAAUCAAGCUCCUUGAGGUACAGCGACGAUAAGGAUUCUGCUUAUCAACAAGCCAUCUAUCUCAGGGCCGCCCGGAGCAUGGACAUCAGCCUUCUUCAGUGGGAGUGCAAGGCGUGCACCGCUCUGAACAAGGCAUCUGACACAGUGUGCAGCAUGUGCUCACACAGUCGCCAUGGGCCAGAGGCGACAUAUCCUGAAUGUGGAAAGACAAAAAAAGCAUGUGCUAAAUGCACGUAUGAAAAUGAGCCUUCAAGAACCGCGUGUGAAGUAUGUGGGGGUGCAUUGCAAGAUCGAUCUACAUACGUCUGAUGCUUGUAUCUUUAUAUUAUGGUUUGGUUGAUUUGCGUUCUGUUUGGGAAAUUCUAAAUCUGUUGCUGGGUUUGUUGUUGAUGUGGAGGAAAAUGAUUGGGUUACGAGCAAAUAUUCUUGAAUACUGGAAAUAUUUUAACAUGAGGUUGGUGUACAAAAACUAUCUAGUGAAGUCGUUCUAUGGCCAUCAAACCAUAUACAUUUAUGAGACUGUUAAAAAAAACUUUGAAAUACCUGAACACUUAUAAAAGAACAAUAAAGAAGAGCCUAUUUAGCAUAGCGUGCAAGGAAUGGGUUCUGUUAAUGCCUUUAUUAUUUAUUUGCUGAUAUUGCAAGUGUAACUAUUUAAAACUUUGAGAGUAAAAUGAUUUGAAGAGCACUCAUAUGGUACGUCUGAGUGUAUGGUGUUUGGAAAAAUGCCCAGGGUGUUUGGUAUGGGCUGAGAGUACAUUAGUUGAAAUGAGUGUGUUUGGUAAAGACUGAGUGUACACAUGUUUGUAUGAUUUAACAAAACAAAACAAACGUGAACGUCUCCAUAGUUGUGUGAACGUCUCCAUAGUUGUGUGAACGUCUCCAUAGUUGUGUGAACGUCUCCAUAGUUGUGUGAACGUCUCCAUAGUUGUGUGAACGUCUCCAUAGUUGUUUUACUUUGACCUUGACCUCUUAGUUUUUUCCCCAUGAGCUUUCUCACUUCAGUCAUUUCUAAAUAUCAAGCAGCCUUCAGCUAAUGGCCAUUCAGCUCCUGUAUUGUGUAGUGUCCCAUAUACAUAUUUAUGUCUAUGUAAACUAAACUAGUCACCAAUGAAAUCAAGGGUUGGGGUGUUAACUGUUGGUGGCAGAGAGUCAAACCAAAUGUUGCUGUUAUAAUCACAUCUUUGACAUUGUUUGGAUGAACACGGCUUGAAUUUCUAUUCAGGCUGGGAGUGCAUCCUUAGUUGUCCAUGUUGUCAUGGACUAUGGUCAGACAGUCACCGCACCUCAUGGUGAUAUUUGAUCACGAGGUUAACACACCAAAAUGUCACUGCAGAAAUGUUCAUUUUCUUUGUGAAACAGUCCCAAAAUGUCUGUCAACGGGUCAUCAAGCUGUGUGUUGUUAGCAUCCAC